AUAAAGAGCAAAUCACACUGCCUGAACUAGCUACCGUGAUUUUUUGGGACGAGGACAGAAGUGACUUCCCUGGCCGGGCACAGUCACCUGCCUCCUGUUCAUUCACACAAGACUUUGGAUGUCAAAGUUUGAAAACAGCGGGAGCAAAGAAGGCUUUGGAAAGCAAGUGAUCUGCAGAUUCGAGUCAAGUUUUUCUGGUUAAAAGUUAAGGACUGGAGACAUCAUGGACUGGAAAACACUGCAAGGCGUCCUCAGUGGCGUGAACAGAUAUUCGACAGGAUUCGGACGGAUCUGGCUGUCCGUAGUCUUCAUCUUCAGGGUGCUGGUGUACGUGGUGGCAGCGGAGAAGGUGUGGGGAGAUGACCAGAAAGACUUUGACUGUAACACGAAGCAGCCCGGGUGCACUAACGUCUGUUAUGACCAUUACUUCCCCAUCUCUCACAUUCGGCUGUGGGCCCUGCAGCUCAUCUUCAUCUCCACACCCUCCUUGCUGGUCAUCAUGCACGUGGCCUACAGGAAAGAUAAAGAGAAGAAGUACCACAGGAAACACCCCGAGAACAACACCAAGCUAUACUCAGACCCUGGCAAAAAGCACGGAGGCCUUUGGUGGACCUACGUGAUCAGUCUUGUAGCCAAAACCAUAAUUGAAGUAGCUUUCUUGUAUAUCCUGCACCGAAUCUAUGACAGUUUUGACAUGCCUCGUCUUGUCAAAUGCACAGCCAGCCCAUGCCCCAACACGGUGGAUUGUUACAUUGCCAGACCCACUGAGAAAAGGGUGUUCACCUAUUUCAUGGUGGGGGCUUCAUCUCUGUGUGUGGUGUUGAGUGUCAGUGAAAUUAUCUAUCUGAUCGCUAAAAGGUGUUUCAGGUUUUGCAUGUUGCGAUGUGGAAAGCGAAAAUCUAACCUGUCUAUGAGCGCAAAUGGUCAUAAACUCAUUCACAUGAAUUACUUGCCUUCUGCUAGGCCACAGGACUAUAUCCGUGCUUCUGCCCCAAACCUCUCUUCAAUGUAAUCUAUAUUAUUAUUAUGUAUGAGUGAUGCGGUCUGAGAUGUGUGUGACGAAGGUGAGCUACUGACAUUUACACUCAUCUUGGCUGGCGUUUACACUCACACUUCCCAGAGAGCCACAGCAACUGGGUAGGGAGCGCUGUUAAUGUGGGAUUGUCUGGGGACUUUCAGGGGAAGUUAUUGUCGCAUGGAGGAGAGUUCUUCCCUUCCUGAUGUCUGACUCUCUGCGGGACAGCUAAUGAGCAGCUUUGCAGAACUCCCGGUUGUAUUGAGGGCUUGCCUGCCUUGCGCAGGUCUUGUGAUAGUGGAGCAUGUGUGCAAGUGUGGAGGGGAACGUUCUUGGGUACAGUAACACUGCAAACAGCAAAUGUAUUUACGUGGGAAGGUUAGUUGAUAAAAAUAUCCACAGAUAAGCCAAUGUUAAAAUGUUAAAUGGAGACCUGUUGUUGAGGGAAAUUGGCUUCCUGUGUCAAGGAAUAGUUCUUCGUUUAUGUGCCAAUUCAGACGCUUGUCCUUCCUUGGAUUAUUAUUUUGGAUUUACUUUCUUUAUCUCAUCAAGAGUCAUAUUUAAGGUCCACUCUGUGACAUUUCUUUCAAAGUCAUUCCUUACAGCUCAUUUCUCUAACAUUCCUCUAACGCCUUGUGGGUGAUAACAUUGAGUUGUCUUUCAGCUUGUUUACCUAGCAAGUAAGUAGGAACCUGGAUGGUAGUCGAUUAGCAGAUCACUUUUCCGGGGGUAAUAUUUCCUUCAAAAAAAAAUAAUAAAUUGA